AGGAAAAUCAAAAUGCAAUGGGGGGGAGGGGCAGCAGUAUGGUGUAGCUGGUAAAGCCCCCACCUGUGAUGUUAACAUCUCAUUUGGGUGCCAGUUCCAGACCCGGCUGCUCCACUUCCUACCCAGCUCUCUGCUAAUGUUCCUGAGAAUGCAGUGGACGACGGCUCAAGUGCACCCACUGGGGAGACCCAGAAGAAGAUCCAGGCUUCUUCAAAGAGACAUGCAUGCACACAUGCACAAGAAUGUUCAGGACUACCUUGUUGAUGAUACCAAGACUGAAAACAACUGAUGUAUGUGUACACAAGAAGUAAAGAUUAACUGUGGUAUAGUUACUAAUGCAUUUUAGAAGGCAAUGAAAAUUAAUGAACUUCAGCUACAUAUGGAUGUGGAUACAAUUGCAGUAUGUUCAAAGAACACUUUAAGAAGAACACAUCCUAUGAAAGAAAAAGCUGGUCAGAAGCACAAGCCUGCUGAUGUGUUUGAGUUUCCUGAUAAUUCCGAAAUCUCAAGCAGUGGCAGUGAAAGUAAGAAAGACGAUGAGCCUUACGAGACUUUUGUGCUCUGCUGUGGCCUGGGAAAGCAGUAGAAGAUACAAAGUCCUUGGGCCCCUGUACCUGCAUGGGAGACCUGGAAGAAGCUCCUAGCUCCUGGCUUUAGAUCACUGCAGCUCUGGCCAAGGCAGCCAACUGGGGAGUGAAACAGUGGAUGGAAGACUCUCUCUACCUCUCCUUCUC